UGAACCAUUUAUUCAAUUUAAUGACAKGUGAUGGUGGCUCGUGCACGCCCACCUCCACCCCCAAACCCUCUCAGAAAGAAAGAAAAAACAGAGACAUUUUCCUCUUUAAUCUAAUUGGAUGAUAAUUGGGUGCGUUACCGGCGGAGCCCGGAGCCAAAACGCUUGCGCGGCCUUGUUCUUCUUUUGGAGACUGUUCUCGUCACGAGCCCUCGCAGUUUUCCCCCUCUCCAAUCCCAUUUGCUAUUGUACCUGCCCAAUAGCAGAGAAGACCGAACGCGCUUUAUCUCAGAUACCACUUCUGUUCCACCAUUACAAUCCAGCGCCAAGUUUUGACGCACAGAUCUCUGCGCUUUUACGCACAACAUUUUGUCCAGGGGGAGGAUUUCCUUAUUUACCUUUCCUUUUAUUUUUUUAUUCUUUUAUCAAAACCUGCUAAACCUCCAAAUCUGUUUUUAUGUGAUAUUUGACCUCUUUUUUUCUCUUUUGGAUGAUCAUUUUUAUUGGAUAGUAAACGGUGAUGGCAGACUCUGAAGAGACUCGCCAACCCGCCAAAGAUUCCCCCUUCUCCAUAAAGAAUCUGUUGAAUAUUGAAGACAAACCCACGAAGCCAAAGCUCACACUCGGCUCGGCCAAAGGAGUUUUCGAGGGCAGCUUCUUUUCUCGGCUCAGUGACUUGUCUCUGCCUCGGUUUGAGCUGCCCGCGCAGAGGAUCGGACUGUCAGCGCAGUAUCUGGAGAGAGCGUCUGCCUGGUGGUACCCAUACGCGCUGGGGACGCAUUUUAGGACUGCAGGAUCUGAGAAAGUCAACCCGAGAGAAGAGUCACCAGUUCCGGAUAGGCGCUCCCCGGAUCUCCAAAAAACUGACCAUGAUGCCAAAGAGGAAAGCGCCGAUGACGACCUCGCCCUGGACGACAGCGACGUGGAGGAGUCAAAGAAAGAAACGGACCCGGAGGAGGAGGACUGGAGGAGAAAAGCGGACGACCUGGACCCGGACAAGAAGCCCUGCCGGAAGAAGAAGACGCGCACGGUGUUUUCCAGGAGCCAGGUCUUCCAGCUGGAGUCCACSUUCGACAUCAAGCGCUACCUGAGCAGCUCGGAGCGGGCCGGCCUGGCCGCGUCCCUGCACCUGACCGAGACGCAGGUGAAGAUCUGGUUUCAGAACCGGAGGAACAAGUGGAAGCGGCAGCUGGCCGCCGAGCUGGAGGCGGCCAACAUGAGCCACGCCGCGGCCCAGAGGAUUGUGCGGGUCCCCAUCCUUUACCACGAGAGCGGGGCCUCGGAAACGAGCGGGGGCCCCGGWACAAACUCACCGAGCAGCGGCUCACUGCUGGCUUUCCCCCACCACAUGUACUAUUCCCAUUCAGCCCCUCUGCUCAGGCCAGUUUAACCAGAACUGUGUCCAAACCUGUAUAGAAAUGUUUUUAAAUGAGCCCAAUUCAAAAAGUGAAAUUGAAUUUUGUAGAUUUUGUAGAUUCAAGGAUUA